CUCCCACCUCUCUACGGAACUCUUCGCAAGACACUCCUGUUCGCCACUGAUUUCAUCCGUUCACCGUCUGAUCUGAACAGCCGACCGACUACACUCUCCAUAAACCACCUCAUUCACCAUGUUCUGUUUGCGGAGCUGGCUUCCCCUCUUCUUCAUCCCCACCAACGCCUCCCCCCUCUUCAUCAUCUCCUUCGUUACCCUGACCUACAUCCUCCACCGACCGUGCAUCUACUGCUCCGCCCUGCUCCUCAUCCUCUUCAUCUCCUCCUGCCACUGGUCCGACAGAUGUUUCUUCGACCUCCGCGGCGACUGGUUCAGUCCGCGCUACACCACCCCCGCCGCCGCCGCCGUUGCGCCCACCUCAUGCCCGGUCAGUCCCGCCAACGAGACCCUAGCCGAGUAUUUCCUGGAGACGGUGACUUCGACCGCCAAGACACUCUCCGGGGCCGUCAUCGAUGAGGCGCAGCGGCGGCUCGCCCUGAACCAAUCGACUGAGGUGGGUGUACCGCAGGAAUGGACGGGGAUUGGCAUGGAGUGGGUGCGCAGUCUUCUGGGCCGGAGGGAGUGGACCUUGCCGUGCGUGGAUGUCAAGGUGAGGCUCUAAGUGGUAUUUGCGGAUGCGGGGUGGUUUCUGAUCAGGGGAAAAAAAAACAUUAUAUUGGGUGGUUGGUGUCGUGUCACUUGCCCCUGUCUACAUAUAUAGCGGCCGGUGGUCACUUCGGGAUCCUUAGUCCUAUAAUUCGUGGGGAGCGAUAGAAGGAGAGCUUGCUUGAACUCAUAGGCAUGAGUCAGACCCAGAGAGGCGGUUUCCAUCGUUUCAACCUGUGAUGCGCUGUAUGCUGUACGCUGCAGGUACGCUACAAGUUCUUGCGGAGAGAAGAUCGCCUUUUGAGUAUAAAGAACUAUCUAACCAGUGAUUCGGCGAAACGAUAGUGGAUGAGGCGUGGGUGAUUCUGAUUCAAUUUGUACAUAGCAUAUAUUGAAGUUUAUUCCUAUUUCUUA